GUGUGCUCAAUUCCUUUAUACCCUUUGGGCUGAGAACACUCUCGAUUCGAGAAUAGGAGUUCGGGAGCUUCCUUGCGCAAAAUAUUCACUAUGGGGUACCGAGUGAGGAACAUCUAUGCCAUUUGCUCUUUCGCAGCCAUUGGUGGUGGUCUUUUCGGUUUCGAUAUCAGUUCCAUGGCUGGUAUACUUGGAACCAAUGCCUAUAAGAAUUACUUCGGUAAUCCCCUGGGCGCUAGGCAAGGAGCUAUCACCAGUGCGAUGCCAGCUGGUUCGCUGCUUGGUUCCCUCGUGUCUUCCUACCUCGGAGAUUACUUCGGCCGUAAACAGGCCAUCCAAAUCGGAGGCAUUAUCUGGAUCCUAGGAUCAACAAUCCAAGCAGCUGCCCAAAAUGUGGGCAUGUUGGUAGUCGGCCGUAUUAUCUCUGGAAUUUGUGUCGGUAUAACUUCUACGAUUGUCCCCGUCUACCAAUCCGAGCUUGCACCCAAAGAAGUUCGUGGUCGAAUGGUCUCCCUUCAACAAUGGGCUAUCACCUGGGGUAUUUUGAUCCAAUAUUUCGUUCAAUAUGGUGCUUCCUUCUACGGAGGUGGCCCCACCAAUAAGCACCAAGGCCCAGCCGCAUUCCGCAUCCCAUGGAGUAUCCAGAUUAUCCCCGCUGCCAUCCUCGUUGGAGGCAUGUUCUUCUUCCCCGAAUCUCCACGUUGGUUAGCGGUUAAGGAUCGGUGGGAGCAAGCUCUUCGUGUCCUGGCCGAUGUCCACGGAAACGGGGACCUGAACAACCCAGUCGUUUUGGCAGAGUACCAGGAAAUCGAGGACAUUAUCCGAUUCGAACGUGAGGAGGCAAUUUCAUCAUUUGCCGAACUUGCCAAGCCUAGGAUUCUCAGGCGAGUUGUUCUUGGUAUGAGUAUCCAGAUGUGGUCUCAACUUUGCGGCAUGAACGUCAUGAUGUACUAUAUCGUCUACGUUAUGGAGGGUGCUGGUAUCGGGGACCCUCUUCUUACCGCUUCCAUUCAAUACAUAAUCAACGUUGUCAUGACCGUUCCUGCUAUCAUCUGGAUGGACAAGUGGGGUCGCCGUCCCACCCUCCUGUUCGGUUCUUUCGCCAUGAUGUCCUUGCUCUUGAUCUCCGGUUCUAUCCAAGGAGUGUAUGGUCAUCCCGAAACAGAUCCAUCCUCUGCCAUCACCUGGAUCAUGCAAAACAAGGGGAGUCAAUCCAAGGCCGUCGUCGCUUGCUCUUAUCUUUUCGUCGCCACUUUCGCAAUCACCUGGGGCCCCGUUUCCUGGACUAUGCCUGCUGAGGUCUUCCCCAACAAGGUGCGGGCCAUGGCUGUGUCCCUCUCCACCGCAUCCAAUUGGACCUGGAACUGUGUUUUGGCCUUCGCCGUCCCACCACUACUCAGAACCAUCAAUUGGAAAAUGUACAUGAUCUUCGCUGCCUUCAACUGUGCAGCCUUCGUUCAUAUGUUUUUUACGGCACCUGAGACAAAGGGUGUUACAUUGGAGGAGAUGGACGACGUCUUCGAUAGUGGCCGCCCACCCUGGAAAACCCGGUCCCCGGUGUCCCGCCUCGACAACCUCCAGAAGGACAUUGCGGCAGGAAACGUCAAAGUCGACAUCGGAGCCGCCACUGGGCGCCGCACCGAGAUUCACCAGGUCCCCUCCAAGGAGUAGUUUUUUUCUUGCAUGUCCACGAAGGAAAGGAAAUAUUGUGUAGCUUCCUAUUUCGCCUCGAGCGAUAUUAAUUAUUUUUCUUACAAAAAAACCUGCAGGAAUGUGAAUAGGUUUUGAGCGAUUAAUUCAAGAAGGACGGGAAUGAUUACACCUAGAAAGCAUAUUGUUUUCCUGAGAGAAUUAGUACGUCACGGAAAGUCGACGGAGUGCACAUCUUUCACGAGCCGACGCCAUCCCGAAACUUUCCAUUUUCCCGAAAUUCUACCCGCGUCAUUUCCAGAAGCGCGAAGAAAUCGUUGAGGCUCCCUUCCACCACAUUAUGCAGCCCAAGCUCCCGGUUACAAUCAAGGUGCACGAAAGAAGGAAAAAAAAAGAUUCCGAUCCCUUUACGAACCCUUUCCGGGACAUCCGAACCCUUGAAAACCUC